AUGGAUUCCAACGGUGUGAGGAGGAGGGACACUACGCGUGACCCUCCCCUCCGUGUCUUAUCACUAGAUGGUGGUGGAGUUCGAGGUUACUCGAUGCUCAUUAUUUUGCAAGAGAUCAUGUACCGAACGUAUGUCGAGAUCGAGGGCAAAGCCCCGCGCCGCGACCAAAUACCGAAACCCGCAGACCAUUUCGACCUCAUCGUCGGUACCGGCACCGGCGGCCUUAUCGCGCUAAUGCUUGGCCGCCUGCGUCUAGAUAUAGAGACCUGCAAGGAGCUGUACGUUCGAUUGACCCGAUACGUCUUCGAGACAGACAAAACCAUUGCCGGAAUCCCCUACCGCUCGACUCUGUUUAAGGCAUCUAAGCUGGAAGAGGCCAUCAUGGAGGCCAUAAGGGAACACACUCUCUCACGCACCGAGGGGAACGACGGGAUGGAGCCAGAUAUGGGCAGUUCUCUAAACGCCGCCGCCUUCUCCAGCGCAGCAAGUCCUAGAAGGCAUUCCAGCAAUGCGAGCGUUCUCAGCUUCAGCGCGAGGAGCCCACAAGCCCAAAUGUCCCAGCGGCCGUAUUUGCACCCUAAGUACGGCAACUCUCAGGCGCGCCUUUAUGACUGCCGUGAAAACAGAACCAAAACUGCUGUCACAGCAAUGUAUCAAGGUUCUCGGAAGGGGACGCCUGCCGUGCUGCUACGGUCCUACGACUCCAGGAGAGAGCCGCCUCCCGAGUUCGACUGUAAGAUAUGGGAAGCUGGCCGAGCAACAUGCUCCAUCGGACUCGCCUUUAAGCCUAUCCGCAUCGGGCAGUCAGUAUUCCACGAUGACGGAGUAGGCACUUUUAACCCCUCCCCCGAAGCGCUCGAUGAAGCGGUAAGCGAAUGGCCAGGCAGAGAGAUUGGCGUCUUUAUCAGUGUUGGUACAGGAAAGCGGCCAAAGUCGAGCGAUGCGAAUUCAACCAUGUGGUACGAAGGGUUCAUGGGUGAGUUCGCGGAGGCGAGGAGGAGGCUCAUCGCUAAGAUUGAGGGAUGUGAAACGAUUCACGAGUACAUGAUGAGGGAACACCUCGGCAAGCGAGGUGUCAACAUCGAGAACUACUACAGACUAAACGUGGAAAUCGGGGUGGGAGAGUUCGGCAUGAACGAGUGGCACCGUCUAGCGCCAAUCAGCACCGGGACGAAACAGUACCUGCGCAGGGAGCGGGAACAUCAAAUGGUCGUAGGAUCGGCAUCCAAGCUAGCCAAGAUCCAUUUUGCUAAUAAGCGCUUCGAAAAACCUGCCGCCGCCGCCGCCAUGCAGCCGGGACAACAACAACCACCGCCUACUUUUGCCAUCGAGCUCCCCGCUGAAGUUCCGGACAGCUGGCCAGCACCGCCUCGCCCUUCGUUUGAUCCCGGACCCGAUAUCGUUAGUGUGCAGAGACUCGAAGAUGCGUCGCCAAGAAGUUCGGCCGAUCUUGGACGAGUGUCAGCGAGCCGUCUCUCUCAAUACAAAGACUUGCCGCCACCCCCUCCUCCUCGAACUCCAGACUCCGUCCCAUCAGUAAUCGAAGACGACCCAGAUCGUUUCGCAUACCACGCGCCGACGCCAUCGCAGUACCGACUGGGUUCUGGGUCGGAUAAGAUCGCUAUCGUCGGCCAAGAUGAUCAUCCACGCGUGUCUGUAGAUGGAAUACAGUCGUCACCCCGACUUCCGGCAAAAUCGCCCAAGCUGGUACCAUAUAGGAUUGAGCCACCGCCCUUACCGCCGAAGACACCGCUUCUCGAUGACCACGGAAGAGGGUGGAAUACGAGCGCUCCGGCUCUGCCUUACCCCAUCGACGAGGACGAAGCACCACCUAUGGUUAAUAUGGCAAGAAAGCCGGAAUAUCAUGGUCGAUAA